GGUGUCGCGCGCGGCCGCCCGUGUGUGACUCACUAUGUCCGCCGCUGGGGCCCAUCCCGGCCGCCGCCCGCCCGGCUCCCCUCGCGCCUCCCAGUGACUCCGGCCGCUUCCCGUUGCCAGCAUGGGAACUGAUGCGACCCCUCAGCAGGCUCCAAGUGAGGAGCAUGAAGUGACUGUUUAUUAAACUAGUCCAGAGCAGGCUGUGGGACAGGAUCAACACCAAAUUCUGGGUACAUACUCAGAGGAACUGUUUGAUGCUCCCCACCCCCAAGGAACACCCACUCACUGCCAAGCCUGCAGCAAAUCCAGAGAAGACAGAAGCCAUCCCUGAGCCCGUUGACUUUCCUACACCAAACUGGUUGACAACAGAAGUCUGAGGUGGCCAGUUUCCAGACGGUUAUAGCAGCCUGCUUGUGGACAGGCAAGGGUGCCCUCAAGUGUGUGUCUUUACACUGGAGAGUUAGGGAGCCGGUUCCCAGCAGAGUGGGAGGGGAGUUCAGCACGGAGGUUCCUUUUUAGCGCUUGCACGGUGUCUGACGCGCUACAUGCACUAGACAGAAUCGGGGUCGGGCGUGCUGGGCUUCUCCAUUCACCCCACCGCAGCAGCCGUCUCAGAACACGGUGUAAGUAAUCCUCAGCCGAAAAGAGACAAUGUGGAUGAUGCUGGAUUGCAGCUCAGAGUCUGACGGCUUGAGCCUCCUGCUUGAGGCGGGGACUGGGGUGAAUGCACCCGCAGAUGCCUUUGGUCAGUCCCCAGCUCACUUGGCUGCUUGUGGAGGACAAGCUUUUUUCCUACUCUGGCAACUGCAAACAGGCGCUAAUCUCAACCAACAGGAUUGCCAUGGAGAAGCUCCUAUUCAUAAGGCAGCUAAAGUUGGGAGCUUGGAGUGUCUUGCUCUACUCGUUGCCAGUGAUGCCAGAAUAGAUUUGUGCAAUAAUGAUGGACAAACAGCAGAAGAUCUUGCAUGGGCUUUUGGAUUUCUGGAGUGUGCCAAGUUCCUCACAACUGUUAAACAUACUCAAAAUAUGAGGCUAAGAGAACAAUCUAGCUGCUCACUUAAAGACAAUUGUGGUUUGCCAAGAGAGGCUUCAGCUGGACAGAAACGAGCAUAUGGAAUUAUGGGACCCACAAACAGAAAGAGGAAGAGAUCAGAUGAUAUCACAUCUUAGACUGCAAGUGGGAAAAUCCGUAACCCUGUGAAGAAUCUGAAAUCUGCAAAAAACACCAUUAUUGGUCUAUGAACUAAGCAGCCCAAUAUUUGAUUGUUCUGCUGUUUCCUUCUGAGGAGGAGGAAAUCUUGGUUACUUUUGCUUCUUGAAGAAGACAUUUUUCUAGAAUACUUGUAUUCACACGUGUGUGUGUGUGUGUGUGUGUGUGUUCAAUUGUAGACUAUGUAUAAUAGGGCAGUCUCUUCUCUGGUAAAUAGCAAAACAAAGUUGAUACUUAGCACAGAGAGAAACACUGUAUGUGCUAUAGGAGAUUAACAUUUUGAUUAAGCGGCAUUCCCUGCCUAUCACGUUGUUGUGUGAUAUUACUGGCUAUCAAACAGUUACUACACUUCACUACAGAGAGGGGUCUAUUGGUGCCCUAAGGAUAGUUUAGGGUCAGUUUAAAGUCACAUUUAAUUCUGCACAUCUUACUAAUGAGCCGUCUUUGCUUUUAUGAGCAAGAGCUGCUUACAUGAGUAAACAUUAAAGGACCAGCCCCUAAAUUUGUAAAGCACUUCAGGAGCCUUCAGAAAGCAAGAGACAUUACAAAUAUUAGAUUAUCUUAAUUUUGGCAAUUGAGAUAAAGGUAAACUCCUUUAAUUAAACUUGUCUAUACAAGAAUGCAGUUGAAUCUGAUUUAUUCUUCCAUUUUUGAUGUUUUUUAUUUAAAAAGACAUUUUAUACUUAAAUUGCUGUGUAAAGAAUUCAACUAGCAUUUUUAUUUCAACUUUUGACUGACAAAAUACCAUUUAAAUUGAAAAUAAGUAAGUUUUCUAAAGCUUAUGCGUUUUAUUUAAAAUAAGCCAGCUCUGUCUAUAUCAAGUCUUAAAUUCUGGAUUAACAUGAUUUUUUGCAAUUGGAAUUUAAAUAGUUUUUGGUCGCUGAGGUAGGCAGAGGUUGUAAUAAGCAUCCUUGCUCCAAAAGUCUGGGCCCUUCCAUCCACACCAACCCUGUACAGGAAAAAUCAAAAUAAAGCCAUUUCUAAAACAGUUGUGCAUAGCGGAUUUGGUCCAUGAGUACUGUCAUACCUGUCACAGUUCUUGUAGUUUUCAUAAUUCAGUAUAUGCAUAAAUGGAACAGGCUCCAUUUUUUGACACAAACAGCUAGAAAUUAUGAUGCUGUUAAAAUUGAAGUCUAAUAGCAACAUUAUCUUCUGCCUUAUGUUUUGGUGUAUUUUUAUUCUUAAUCACAUCACACUAUUUUUAUAAUUGAAAAUAACUGAAGUCUAAUUUUUACAAAAUAGUGCAUAUACUUAAGGUGUGUUCUUGGAACUUUACAGCGUCCCAAUUUAGAGCCCACUUCUGCAAACAUUUAUGCAUGUGCUUAUAUUUAUCACAUUAAUAGUUUUAUUCAAAUCAGUGAGACUGCUCAGGUGCUUAAAGUUGAGUGCAUUUGUAAAUUUCUUCACAUACUCUUAACUUGUUAAUUUCUGAAGUUUCAGUUAACUGUGGAGUUCUAUUGAUAUGACUAGACCAGUCUCAGGACUUGAAAAAUUACCAGAAACCUACCAUACUAAUCCAAGGCAGCUGCAAAAGUAAAGGGGGCUCCUAGAAUAGUUCAAGGACAGUAUCCAACCUCAGCUACUGGGAAGGGAGAGCAUGCUGGAUGGAAUUCAUACUAAAGUGCUUUCCCACCAUUCAAAAAUCAGCCCCAGUUUAGUAGACGUGGUAAAUCUGAAGCUGCCUUUCUCCUGCCUGGCUGUUAAGAAGGAGCCCUCUCUUACCAUAGCAGCAGUAGGCUCUGAGAUUGGGAUCUGGUAUUCUGCAACUGUGCCAUUCCUAGAGCCUCACAAUUUUUUAUUAUAAGAUAUUCCUCCUCUCUGAAUAGUUCAAAUUUCUACCCCUCCUGCUGCUGAGUUUCCUGGAGCAGCUGGCAGAAUGAAACUGAUACAAUUCGCUGCCCUCAAUUUCAUAUCUGCCUAUAAGAUAAAUAGAACCUGAUGAACCUUAUUAAUUACACUCUGCUACUACUUGGCUUUACUAUGAGCAACAGCAGAGGAACUGGAGCCAUCUAUCUGCAGAUUCAGGAAGAUGGAAUUGCAUGGUUUAUCUUCCAAACUAUAAAGACUAGACACUGAGCCCAAAUUUGCAUGUAUUUCUUUUAAAGGGAUCCUGAUAGCUUUUGUCUAUAUCAGUACAAAAGCUAUUUAGCUAAUUUCAUGGAAACUCUCUCUAAAAUUUUAUUAACAUAUAUAACCAGAUAUAAAUGACUCUGUACUAGACACAAGGUGUGGCAUCAGGGAUAUUCAGUCCCGAGGGAAGUAAAGAGCAUUCCUUCUUACUGUAAAGAAAGAAAAAAAAAAACUACGUUCUCUCAGACACUGCACCUCUUCAGUCAUUAAGCUCCACAGGCCAGAUGUAAGGGUAUGCUGUACUGGUACAUUCACCUGGGCUGUGGGCUGGCCACCAUGUGGGAUCAGCAUUUUCCUUUCAGUGAUAGUGUCCUCCUUCAGUCCAGGGACUGAGCAACCUCAGUAGGGCUGAAAUAUAUAUUAAACUGACCCUAACCCCUAAGGGGCUGAAAGAAGUUUGCUUACAUGCGAGAGAGAGAGUGUGAGUGAGUGUGUGUAGUAGAUAUAAAUAAAUCUACAUGUUUGUAAAAAAGAUUACUUUUAAGAGAAAUUAAAAUUAUGCAAGUAAAAAAUAA